AGCUUUUUUUUUUUUAUUGUGGCCUCGGAGCUGCUGUAAUGGCGGUGUCUCGUCGCUCUUCGCAGCAGCAGCAACAACAGACGACGUUACAAUCUCCACCGAGAAACGGCUCCCUUUCGGGGGCUUCUCCGGCCUCCCCGCCUAUGGCUCUGCUGUCCCCGGCCGUCGGUUGCUCGGAGAGCGAGAGGGAAUGCAGCGGAGGGAUAGAUGCGGCUCUGGCCUCCCCGGACCUGCCAGCCCCGGUCCUGGCGAGCAGCGCGAGCUCUACGUCGACGGCGUCAGGCGGCGGCAGCAGCGGCGUCUCGAGCCCCGGCUCCGGAGCCUCGAGCCCCACCGACGGCAGCAGCGGAGUCGGCGGGGCGUUCAGGGAGCUGUUCGAGGCCUGUCGGAACGGAGACGUGUCCCGCGUUAAGAGGCUGGUGGACUCGGUGAAUGUAAACGCAAAGGACAUGGCUGGGCGAAAAUCUACCCCGCUUCAUUUCGCUGCGGGUUUCGGUAGGAAAGAUGUGGUGGAGCAUCUCUUACAAACGGGCGCCAACGUCCACGCCAGGGACGACGGCGGCCUCAUCCCGCUACACAAUGCCUGCUCUUUCGGACACGCGGAGGUGGUCAGCCUCCUGCUGUGUCAGGGAGCCGAUCCCAAUGCCAGAGACAACUGGAACUACACGCCGCUGCACGAGGCCGCCAUCAAGGGGAAGAUAGAUGUGUGCAUUGUAUUACUCCAGCAUGGAGCUGAUCCAAACAUCCGCAACACCGAUGGCAAAUCAGCUCUUGAUCUCGCCGACCCUUCGGCUAAGGCUGUUCUUACAGGUGAAUACAAGAAGGACGAACUUCUGGAAGCAGCAAGAAGUGGGAAUGAAGAGAAGCUGAUGGCUCUGCUGACUCCGUUAAACGUCAACUGUCACGCCAGUGAUGGUCGCAAGUCAACCUCACAAAAAAUGCUGUCCACGCCCCUCCACCUGGCUGCAGGCUACAACCGGGUCCGCAUUGUUCAGCUGCUCCUUCAGCACGGCGCUGAUGUUCACGCCAAGGACAAAGGCGGUUUGGUUCCUCUUCACAACGCCUGCUCCUACGGUCACUACGAAGUCACAGAACUUCUGCUUAAACAUGGCGCCUGCGUGAACGCGAUGGACCUGUGGCAGUUCACGCCUCUCCACGAGGCCGCCUCCAAAAACAGAGUGGAGGUUUGUUCGCUGCUGCUGAGCCACGGAGCGGACCCCACGCUGCUGAACUGUCACAGCAAGAGCGCCGUGGAUAUGGCGCCGACCCCGGAGCUCAAAGAAAGGCUCACCUAUGAGUUCAAAGGUCACUCGCUACUGCAGGCGGCGCGUGAAGCUGAUAUGGCCAAAGUGAAGAAGACUCUGGCUUUGGAGAUCAUCGGCUUCAAACAUCCUCAAACCAACGAGACGGCUCUGCACUGCGCGGUGGCGUCCCCUCAUCCGAAGAGAAAACAGGUGACAGAGCUGUUGCUUCGUAAAGGUGCCAACAUCAACGAGAAGAACAAAGACUUUAUGACUCCCCUGCAUGUUGCUGCUGAGAGAGCGCACAAUGAUAUCCUGGAGGUUCUGCAGAAACACGGAGCGAAGGUGAAUGCAGCGGACACGCUGGGACAGACCGCCCUGCAUAGGGCAGCGCUGGCCGGUCACAUCCAGACCUGCAAGCUGCUGCUGAGCUACGGAGCCGACCCCUCCAUCGUGUCUCUACAGGGCUUCACCGCAGCGCAGAUGGGCAACGAGGCGGUGCAACAAAUCCUUAACGAAAAUGUUCCCACUCGUAAUUCUGACGUGGACUACAGGUUUCUGGAAGCUGCCAAAGCAGGAGACCUGGACACAGUGCAGCAACUUUGCUCCCCUCAGAACGUUAACUGCCGGGAUCUGGAGGGCCGCCACUCCACGCCUCUUCACUUUGCUGCUGGUUACAACCGGGUGGCCGUAGUGGAGUACCUGCUUCACCACGGAGCUGACGUUCAUGCCAAAGACAAAGGCGGUCUGGUCCCCCUCCAUAACGCCUGCUCCUACGGUCACUAUGAAGUAGCCGAGCUGCUGGUCAGACAUGGCGCCUCGGUCAAUGUGGCAGACCUGUGGAAGUUCACCCCCCUUCAUGAGGCUGCAGCCAAAGGAAAAUACGAGAUCUGCAAACUGCUUCUCAAACACGGUGCCGACCCCACCAAGAAGAACCGCGACGGCAACAUUCCUCUGGACAUGGUGAAGGACGGGGACACAGACAUCCAGGACCUGCUGCGGGGGGAUGCUGCCCUGCUGGAUGCUGCCAAGAAGGGCUGCCUCGCUCGGGUGCAGAAGCUUUGCUCGCCAGAGAACAUCAACUGUAGAGACGCACAGGGCCGCAACUCCACACCGCUCCACCUGGCAGCUGGUUAUAACAACCUUGAGGUUGCCGAGUAUCUCCUGGAGCACGGCGCUGACGUGAACGCCCAGGACAAGGGAGGCUUAAUCCCUCUUCAUAACGCUGCUUCGUACGGGCAUGUGGACAUCGCCGCCCUGCUGAUUAAAUACAACACGUGCGUAAACGCCACAGACAAAUGGGCUUUCACGCCUCUCCACGAGGCGGCGCAGAAAGGCCGAACACAGCUCUGUGCUCUUCUGCUGGCGCACGGCGCUGACCCCACCAUGAAGAACCAGGAAGGCCAGACCGCUCUGGACCUGGCCACGGUAUGGGCCUCUGCUGACGAUAUCAGAGCUCUCCUGAUGGACGCCAUGCCACCAGAUGCUUUGCCCAGCUGCUUCAAACCUCAGGCUACGGUGGUCAGCGCCUCGGUCAUCUCCCCUGCGUCCACGCCGUCCUGUCUGUCGGCAGCCAGCAGCAUAGACAACCUAGCUGGGCCCCUGACCGAGCUGGCUGCUGCCGCCGCCGCUGGAGCGUCUGGGGUUGCAGACGGAGCCUCGGGGACUGACCGCAAGGAAGGAGAAAUGGCGGUGCUGGACAUGAACAUAAGUCAGUUCCUAAAGAGCCUGGGCCUGGAGCACCUGAGGGACAUCUUUGAAAGGGAGCAGAUCACACUGGACGUGCUGGUGGACAUGGGCCACGAGGAGCUGAAGGAGAUCGGCAUCAACGCCUACGGCCAUCGGCACAAGCUGAUCAAGGGUGUUGAGAGGCUUCUGGGGGGACAGCAAGGCGGCAACCCCUAUCUGACAUUCCACUGCGCCAGCCAGGGCACCAUCCUCAUAGACCUCUCUCCGGAUGACAAGGAGUACCAGUCAGUAGAAGAAGAGAUGCAGAGCACCAUCAGGGAGCACAGGGACGGAGGCAAUGCUGGUGGCGUCUUCAGCAGAUACAACAUAAUCAAGAUACAGAAGGUGGUAAAUAAGAAGCUGAGGGAACGUUACACCCACCGGCAGAAGGAGAUCGCAGACGAGAACCACAACCAUCACAACGAGCGCAUGUUGUUUCACGGUUCUCCGUUCAUCAACGCCAUCAUCCACAAAGGCUUCGAUGAGCGCCAUGCUUACAUAGGAGGGAUGUUUGGAGCAGGAAUCUACUUUGCAGAGAACUCCUCCAAGAGCAAUCAGUACGUCUAUGGGAUCGGCGGCGGGACCGGAUGCCCGACGCACAAAGACAGAUCCUGCUAUCUGUGCCACAGACAAAUGCUGUUUUGCCGGGUGACUUUGGGGAAGUCCUUCCUGCAGUUCAGUGCCAUGAAGAUGGCCCACGCCCCUCCGGGACAUCACUCAGUAAUCGGACGACCGAGCGUUAACGGUUUGGCGUACGCCGAGUACGUCAUCUACAGAGGAGAGCAGGCCUACCCGGAGUACCUCAUCACCUAUCAGAUCCUUAAACCAGAGAGCGCGGCGCAGUCUGCGGCAGGAGCGGAGCAGAAGUCCUAGUUACAGAACACUGCCCAGCCUCGCAUACGGACUCAGUGCUUGAUAUUUUCUUCUUUGUGUUGCGACUAUAUGAAGACCUUUCUCAUCACCAAACACAUUUCCAGCCUCCUACACUGUAGAAACCAUGGUGACCAGUGCUUCAUAAGGAUAUGCUGUACAAUACUUUUACUGUUCUCGGUGAUGACAUUUUGUUUUUUGCAUCAGCUGCAUGUUGUAACAAAAGCAUGUAGGGCCAAGUGGCGUGCCUGGGUUAGUAGUUUGAAUAUCACCUGCCCUCCGCUGUUGUCAGGAGGAUGCUUGUUAAGACUUUUAAGUAUAAGCAUUAACAGUUUUGUCACUCUGUCGCCUUGUGACUGUGAAACCUCAGACUCCCUCCUCUUCGCACGCCUUUUGGCGCCCGCUCCGUCUCGCCAUGUGAACCUGGGCCAGCUGCUCCACCACGGGACCGGGGGGUUUAGCCUCCGUAGGCUGGCUUGUGAUUGUUUUUGAACGCUAAACCGUAACACUACUGGAGAGCUAACAAUGCUCCUCAUUGCUUUGCUGUAUUGCUUACUUACCCACACUCGCACCCAAGAACCCUAAACAGUAACCUAAGAUGUUUUUAGUGGGUUUUAUUCAGGGCAGCACACGUGCAACGAGGAAAGGGCUCAGUCAAAUCCCAGGAUUUGAGACGAUUAUAUUGCCAGUACAAUACGGAUGUGCAUGAGAGGGGGACGUGUCCUUAGCAGGGCAAAGCAAGUCAUCGUAAUCAAGCAUGAUGAAACUAUUGUACAUUAAAAGCAUUUUACAUUACUGUGCUCCAUACCUUUAGAGUUGUAGAUGUUGUAACGUGCUUGUGAUGCCUUACAAGUGUGAACACCUUACAGCUAGUGAGCUCAUCGAGGCACCAUCUGUCACCAUGGUCUUACUCAGACAUUCACGCAAAAGGAUUUGCACUUUCACCAGGAAAUCUAUUUAAGUUAUUUUGAAAUAAAGUUAAAAAUUACCAGGGGGGGAGGGUUGUACAGGUUGUGUAAAUGGCUGUGUAUAACUUGCUGUUUAACAAUGUCUUUGAGUUAAAAUGUAAAUGACAUCAGAAUUUUUCUCUCAUGCUUUCUUGUUUCUCCCUUUUUUUUAAUAAACGUCCUAUUAAUGAC